AGACUUGAAAUUUUAGGUUAUAAAGUGAAUUUGAAUUGUUUAUUGUGAUUUUUCUAUUAAUUUUUGUCUGAUUAAUUUCUGUCUUAUUAUAUAAACAAUAAUUUUAGUUGGUUAAUAAGUUUUUUAUCUGAUAAUUUAAUUACUUACUCAUAAUAUUGGAAAAAUGGAGACAAUGGAAAUUGACCAAGAAGUAGCAAAAAGGCUUUUGGUUGAAGGUUGUACAUUUGUUUGUACCGGUGUCCCAGAAGGAACUCAAUUUGGAAUUGAUAUGAAAUCAUGGACUGUUGGCGAAAAAUUCAAAGGUGUAAAAAUGAUACCUCCUGGUCUACAUUUCAUUUACAUCAAUGCAACAAACGAGCACAAUGAUUAUGCUCCCAGAAUCGGAUUCAUUCACAACUUUAAACCAAAAGAGAUGCUUGUAAAGAAGUGGGAUUCUGAGAAAGAAGACAUUAGCGAUGAAGUUGUUUCUGAUGAGGAAGUCGCAAGAUUCAAAUACAACUUGAAGGAAUUGGAUAAAUUUCUAGGGGUUUAUCCUUACGAUGUUUAUAAGAGGUGGACAAAGCUAACAAAUGAAUUGAAAGACGAAGUAGUAUCGCGGCUGACGCCGAAAUGCGGCAAACUGCGUUCGGCGCUGGAGUUGACCGCCAGCGACCCUGGCGACGCGCGGCCGAAGCAGCGGCGGUCGCUGAGCCGCUACACGACACAGGAGGAGCGGGAGGAACAGCUGUUGCCGCAUCUGCAGGCGACACCCGGAACGGCCUUUCGCUACUCGCGGUUUCCGGACCGCAGUCAUCCCGAAGGUGCCUCGCCGGCUGAGAUCACGCGCCACUCUAUGGACAAGACCUACACACUUGACGGCAUGAUCAGGGCGCAUUGCAACAAGCCAGAAGACUUGAUAGGCGAACUGCAGUUCUCGUUCGUGUGCUUCGUGAUCGGCUGGAGCCUCGAGUCGUUCGAACAGUGGCGACAGCUGGUCUCGCUGCUGUGUUCGUGCGAGGCAGCCGUCGAGAGGCGACACACGCUCUACGCACGCUUCCUCGAGGCACUUGAAGCACAACUCGACGAGGUGCCUGAGGAUUUCCUCGUCGACAUUGUCGCCUCCAACAACGUCGUGUACCGCAGUCUCAAGGACCUGUUUCGGACGAUCAACUCCUCGGACAAGAUCGACGGACGUCUGCAGAGCAAGGCUGAGCGCUUCCGGGGACGCUUGACGCAGAAGUUCCAGUGGGACUUUGGGGGGUUGGACUGUGAGGAUGACGAGGAUGCCCCCGUGGUUGUCACUCUGUAAGGCACUUUCUGCUUUCAUGGAACGUCGAAGGUCAAAAUUUAAAUUUAAAUUCAGUCAUUAUACAGAGUGAGUCUAAUAAUGUAGACUAAUGUAGAUAUAAUACUGUAACUCUCAAGAUAAGUUAUUGGUCG